ACAGUAGAAAAUAGAGGGGGAGCUAGCUGGAGCCGUUGCCACUGUGGGCUAGUAGUGCUACUGACUGAGUGCAUUGAUCAGCAGCGGUGGCAGCAGCUGUGAACUGAUCUCACGAGAGAGAAUGAGAACCAGUUCCCCCUAUCAGUGGUACAAAUACUCCGUGUCUGCAACCCAGAGCUAGCAGCCCAGCUAAGUAUCGUAACUUCCUAAUGUGCCGCUAUAUAAAAGCGAGCAGCUCGAACGUACCCGCACCAAAAGGACCUAGGGCCAGCUGAGAGUGAAAGGUCGAUCGUGCGCGCGGCGCGCAUCGCCCAGGCCCAGCUUCGUCCUCGAUCGAUCUCCUUGCUACCUUAUGAGCUAGCCGCCUAGCUCGGCGCAGCGGCCGGCCGGGAGCGAGGGAGCGCGGCGGUGAGAAGGAGACAGCUAGAUCGGUCAGGUCCGUCAGUCAUGGAUGCCAUCCGGUGCUGCAUCGCGUGCAUCCUGCCGUGCGGGGCGCUGGACGUGGUGCGCAUCGUGCACUCCAACGGCCGCGUCGACGAGAUCAGCGGGCCGGUGCUCGCGGGGGAGAUCAUGAAGGCGUACCCCAAGCACGUCCUCCGGAAGCCGCCGUCCACGUGCCCCGCCGACGGCGGCGGGGGCAUCGUCGUCCAGAAGCCCGUCAUCCUGCCGCCCAAUGCCGAGCUGCAGAAGGGCAAGAUCUACUUCCUCAUGCCGGUCAUGGCCGCCUCGGCGCCCGCUGCCCAUGCCGCCGCUGCGGCGAGGAGGAGGAGGAGGAAAGAUCAAGCCGCGCCGCGGGACCACGCUGCCUGCAGCAACGCGGCCGCGGUGGCACGCAGCGGCGUGGAGGGCGAGAAGGAGCGGCGGCUGGCCAACGAGAGGUACCUGUCGGAGAUCAUGAAGGAGAAUACCUCCACUGUGAGGGACCGGCGGCAGGGGCGCGUCGCCGUGUGGCGACCGCACCUGGAGAGCAUAACCGAGGAUGACUUGUAAUCAAGCAAGGUGUCUUUUUUUUUCUUCACUUUUUCCCCUUUCAUUUCUUUUGGUUUUUGUUACUACUGGAGUUUGUAGUUUCUUCCUUUUUCUCUUUUGUUAAUCCCUCCUCCUUGCCCUUUGGCCUUUUAUUUUUGCCCUCUUUUCCCCGGCCCAUCUCCUUUAGAGCCCCAUCAUCAUGAUCCUCUCCCCUGCUCUGCUACUUUAC